UUCAACAAUGGCGAAACUGAAACCCUUCCUCCUCCUCCUCCUCCUCUUCUUCUUCACUGUUUGUGGUGAGUACACGUCAGCAUCAAAAGAUGAAGUACGAGUGGGCGUAGUUCUAAAUUUGAAAUCCCCGGUAGGAAAAAUAGCUAAGAGAUUUAUAAAACAGGCAUGCCGCGACUUCUAUGCCAAGUACACUAAUUAUCAAACAAAACUCUCUCUCGUCUUCAGGGACUCUGAAAAUGAUACUGUUGUUGCUGCAUCUGAAGCUUUAGAUUUGAUGAAGAAUGAACAAGUGCAUGCCAUCAUAGGACCUCAAACUUCAUCCCAAGCUAAGUUUGUGAUAGAAUUGGGAGCAAAAGCAAAUGUUCCAAUCAUCUCAUUUUCAGCCACAAGUCCCUGUCUUUCUCCAACCAACGCUAAUUUCUUCAUUCGUACAACCCAUGACGACUCCUUUCAAGUUAAAGCCCUCGCAGCCAUCGUUAAAGCUUACGGCUGGAAGAAUGUCAUCACUAUUCAUGAAGAUUCAGAAUACGGCAACGGUUUGAUUCCAUAUCUUAUGGAUGCCUUUCAAGAGGUCAACACUCGAGUGCCUUAUGCGAGUGUCAUUUCACUAAAAUCUAAUGACACUGAGAUUUCCAACGAGCUCAUGAAUCUCAAGUCCAAACAAACAACGAUUUUCCUGGUGCAUAUGACUGCUUCCUUGGGGUUCAAGCUCUUUUUACAAGCAAACAAAAUAGGAAUGAUGAAGGAAGGAUUUGUGUGGAUUGUCACAGAAGGGCUAUCAAAUUUGUUAGAUCCUGUUGGUUCCGCAGCCAUGAACUCAAUGGAAGGCGUAUUGGGUUUAAGGACACAAUUACCCAAAUCAAAGUGGAGAAGUGUCAAUAUUUUCGGCAAGUGGGCAUAUGACACAGUUUGGGCAGUAGCAAUGGCGGUGGAGGAGGCCGGCACAGCACAUUCUGGCUACUUAAAGCCAAAUACAAGCAAGAUUGUUGGUGUUGAUUUUGAAGAAAUUGGAAGAUUUGACAGGGGUAGAAAACUUUUUAACACAUUGUUGAACACAAAAUUUGAAGGCGUAAGUGGGAACUUUACUUUGGUUGAGGGACAACGGACGCCUUCAGUCUUUGAAAUAUUCAAUGUAUUUGGAAAGAAGGAGAACAUUAUAGGCUGCUGGAGAGAAGAUAUUGCACCAAUUCAAGAUUUGAAUUGCAAUGAUAAAGCUGGAAUGAACUCAACUUUCAAGAACAAACGCAAGCAGCCAACGUGGCCGGGAAACACCAAGGAUCCGCCGAAGAAAUUGAAGAUCGGGGUUCCAGUUAGAAAUGGUUUUAAUGAAUAUGUUAAAGUGGAAUGGAAACCACCUAACAAUACAAGUCAAAUUUCAGGGUUUUCCAUAGAAGUGUUCAAAGAAGUAAUCAAAGUUUUAGAGUUUCCCCUCCCGUAUGAGUUUGUUCCUUUCGAGAAGAAUCACCAGAGUGCUGGGACUUACAAUGAACUUCUUCACAAUCUCACAAACAAGAAGUAUGAUGCUGUGGUGGGCGACAUAACAAUCGUUGCUGCUCGCUCAACGUAUGUUGAUUUCACAUUGCCUUAUUCAGAAUCAGGCGUGUCAAUGGUGGUUUUGGUGAAAGAUGAGAAUAAAAACUUCUGGAUAUUCUUAAAGCCACUGAAUUGGAAUCUUUGGCUAACAUCUGCAAUAGGCUUCGCCGUCACAGGAUUUGUUGUCUGGGUUCUUGAACACCGAACAAACACAGAAUUCAGAGGCCCCAUAAAGCAUCAACUCGGCAAAACACUUUGGUUCUCCUUCUCAACACUCGUCUUUGCUCACAGGGAGAGAUUGAAGAACAACUUGUCCAAAUUCGUCCUGAUAAUAUGGAUUUUUGUGGUGCUUAUUUUGACACAAAGUUACACGGCGAGCUUGACUUCAAUGCUAACAGUACAGCGGCUGCGGCCUUCGUUUGAUGAUGUUAAGGAGAUUCGAGCACGCGGUUACUUGGUUGGGUACCCGAAGGAUUCUUUUGUGAAAGAUUUCUUGAUAAAUCAACUCAACUUAAAUGAAUCCAAUUUGAAGGGUUAUGAAUAUCCAAAGGAUUAUGAUGAAGCAUUGUCUAACCAGUCGGUAGCUGCAAUUUUCGAUGAAAUUCCCUUCAUAAAGCUCUUCUUGGAAAAGGCAAACUACUGCUCCAAAUACAUGAUGGUUGGACCAACCUACAGAACCGGCGGAUUAGGCUUUGCCUUUCCACAAGGAUCACCAUUGGUUUCUGACAUCUCAAGGGCAAUCCUGAACGUUACUCAAGAUAAAUAUAAACUGAAAGAAAUUGAAAAAACUUUGGGUGUAUCAAAAACUAAUUGUGAAGCUCAAGAUGCCACAACCAUAGCAUCUUCAGACAGUCUUAGCUUGUACAGCUUCGGGGGCCUCUUCAUCAUCACAGGAGUAGCUUCCAUGUGUUCUCUUCUGACUUAUAUUUUCUACUUUGUUCAUUCACACUGGCCUGUCGAGGACAACAACCCAGAGACAUCAUUUUGGUCGAAAAUCAGUUACUUGAUAAAACGUUUUGAUGAAGUAGAGUCGAUGGCAAAUCCUGUAACAAUCAGUCCUCAAGGCAAUGCAGCUGCAACUGAUGAUGAUCGUGUUGAUGAAGUCCAUAAUUCUCUAGUGCACAGCGACAAUACAUCCAUGGAUGCACACAACUCGUCUUAGACAUUGUGUUUCGUUUAUUUUAGAUAUCUCAAGAUGCGAAUUCUGGAUUAUAAUACUAUACUAUAAAGGAUAACGUUAGCUUUUACGAUUUUUAUAAGAAAAUCUCAGUAGAUUAAUAUGAUCUAUGGCUUGUAAAUG